GAGGGCCUGGUCGACUAUUACGACGACCCGCACAAGAUGAGCGCCAUGGACAAGAGCGCCAAGGAUGUGGGCACGGGCUCUGUUUACGCCCCUGCCUGCGGCGACGUGAUGAAGCUGUACCUCAGUAUGGACCAUUGUCGACUCGUUGUCCACGACAAUCGGCUGCGGUGCGGUUGGGCGAUUGUGUUCUCCUCGGUGACCACG